AUGUCUCAUUCUGUUCAUAUCUAUCUAUCUAUCUAUCUAUCUAUCUAUCUCAUUCUGUUCAUAUCUAUCUAUCAUCUAUCUCCAUAUCUAUCUAUCUCAUUCUGUUCCUAUCUUUCAUAUAUCUCUCCAUAUAUUUCUGUUCCCUCUCUUUCGUAUCUUCUCUCUAUUUGUUCCUCUCUGUAUCUUCCAUCUAUCUAUCUAUCUAUCUAUCUAUCUAUCUAUCUAUCUAUCUAUCUAUCUACUCAGACUAUGUUUGUGUGUGUAUGUGUGUGGGGAUAUAUAUAUAUAUAUAUGUUCUACUCUCUCUAUCUAUAUCUUUCUCUCUUUCUGUCUAUCACUAUCUAUCUAUCUAUCUAUACAGACUAUGUUUGUGUGUGGGUGUAUGUAUAUAUAUAUAUAUAUGAUCCCCUCUCUCUAUCUAUAUCUUCUCUCUUUCUGUCUAUCACUAUCUAUCUAUCUAUCUAUCUAUCUAUCUAUCUAUCUAUUCAUCUUUCUGUCUAUCUGUAUCUUCAUCUCUUUCUCUCUGUUACUAUCUAUUUAAAUAACAACAACAAAAAAGACAAAAAAAAACAGCUUAACUAA